GGUACAUGCACAUAUCUCCACAACCUGCCUCCUCUAUCUGGAUGCAAAUCCACCAAUUGGCUUGAUCGUCUUGAUAUCAAGUGGAGCACUGACCAGUCCCUCUCCUUGAAUACUGGCUCCCAAUGCUUGAAAGUACUCGGUCUUGAAAUGAGCAUCAAACGCAGCCUGGUUAUCAUCUACGACUUCAUCAGCAACACUCCCGCCCAAUUAGCCAAACUACUUACAUGUUUCUUCGACAACCAAGACGUUCCCCUUCUCGCCAUUGAACUGCUCGAAAACUUGGUACUUGGACUGCAGAACACCGUUAAAAGUCUGACCACAGUUGUCUAUAUUUGAUUGGACAUACAACGUCUUUCUCGUGCUUGGAGACUUUCUCGGCAAGGCCAGUUAAGAGUUCCUUGAGCUGGAGACAGACAGGGGAGCCUGGUCAGUAUUACGAUCUCACAAGACCUGCCAUCGAAUCCAAGGACUUACACGGGCUUCCUUCCCCGCAGCAGGAGUCAGAAUGGCAACAACUUGGACAGACAUAGUCGGUUUAUUUCAGGGCUGGGCUUAGUAGGGUAUUUUGACAACGGAUGUAUCUCGUGAUCAGGGAUUGAUUUUGGAGGUUGAAUACACUUUGAUAUCAACAUACGUCUUCCUUCUCUCCUUAUAUACUUGUACCUUCAUCGCAAAGUCCGAAUCUCCACCCCUUCAUCCUCGGCCAUUCGUCCGCUCGCUAAGCUCGCUAGUAGUAAUCAGUACAACUAACUCGAGCCAUUAUCGCCGCGGCGUUAAGCUGAUGCUGAACCGCUGUGCUUGCUUCCCAUGUAACAAAACAUCGCCUCGGCUUCGGACGAAAUCCGGAGUUCACCCAGACCACAACAGCUGAUGCAUGUACAUCACAGCCUUCACCAACACCAUCAACAACUCAAUACCGAAGAGUCGAGACUGGCCCAGAGAACCGUCUCCCAAAUAACAUCCUUGCUAAUGAUGCAUUCGUCGGUCAUCUUCCCUAGUCUGUAGCGUUUGACCCCGCAAUGCGGGGUCGAUCCUGGCCCAUGAGCUCAUUCGAAUUGGCACGAUGGUGGCACCUCAGGUAAGCUGGACGGAUGCUACGGAGUGAGGAGGGGAUGGUGAGAAAAGUGAGGGGUUAGAGGGGAUGAGAUGAAGUACAGUAAGAACAGGGGGUUGUCCUUUCUCUCCCCGUUCUUCAAUUAUUCUCUGUUAAAUGUUCUGUAAACUGCACUUCUCAUCGUCUGCUCUGGAACGAUUCUCGACAAAAGCUAUACCGUAAACUACGAUACGAGCUAAAGCGGAAAGUCAAUUCAGAAAGGAUAGUAUAAGCAAGCCAAUCACGAUGUCUCAGACUCAGACGAUGAAAGCUGUGGUCUAUCAAGAGCCCUUCAAGGUGACAGUUGAAGAACGUCCUCUGCCAAAGCUUGAGCAUCCCGAUGAUGCAUUGGUCAAAGUGACGACUGCUGCUAUUUGCGGAUCGGAUUUGCAUAGUAUGUACACACCUCAAUAACCGAAAUCAGACCGCCGUUACGAGGGCGGUUAAUUUCGUCAAAACUGACCAAUGAGAGAGUACUGACACCUCUUCCAAAGUGUAUCAAGGACGAACCGCUGCAAAGGGUGGACUCUGCUUCGGUAUGUACUACAUAGUGGAAAGAUCUCCUCGCCUAGAGUCAAGACAUUGGCUAAAUCUACACAGGCCAUGAGAAUAUGGGCACUAUCAUCGACACAGGGACCGGCGUCUCUCUCCUCAAAAAAGGCGACAGAGUAGUCAUGCCAUUCAACGUCGCCGAUGGACGUUGCAGAAACUGCGAAGAAGGGAGAACAGCCUUUUGUACCGGAGUCAAUCCCGGCUUCGCUGGGGGCGCUUAUGGUUAUGUAGCCAUGGGCCCAUACCAAGGAGGCCAAGCUCAAUACAUUCGCGUUCCCUACGCAGACUUCAACUGCCUCCCCCUCCCAGCCGGGACAGACCACGAAGCGGAUUUCAUCCUCCUGGCCGACAUCUUCCCCACCGGCUGGCACGGCGUCGUACUCUCUGGCUUCAAGCCCGGCGAAUCAAUCGCUGUCUUUGGCGCCGGACCCGUAGGUCUCAUGGCAGCAUACAGCGCGGUCCUCCGCGGCGCCUCAAAAGUCUACGUCGUCGACGCCGUCAAGGAGCGCCUAGCAGCCGCUGAGAAAAUCGGUUGUGUGGCGAUCGAUUUCACGAAGGUGGAUGCGGUGGGGGAGAUCAUCAAGUUGAAUGGCGGGAUGGUGGAUAGAAGUGUCGAUGCAGUUGGGUAUCAGGCGUCGGCGAAGGAUGGGAAGAAGGAGGCGCCUAGUAUCGUGCUGGAGAAUUGUAUCAAGGUUACGAGGCCGACGGGCGGGAUUGGAGUUCCUGGUUUGUAUGUACCAAGUGAUCCUGGGGCGCCGGAUGAGAAUGCUGGACAGGGCAUGCUACUAAUUAGUUUUGGGAAGCUGUUCGAGAAGGGACUCACGAUUGGCACGGGCCAAUGCAAUGUCAAGUCUUAUAAUCGGUACCUCCGAGAUAUGAUUAUCUCUGGUCGUGCGAAGCCGUCAUUUGUCGUCUCGCAUGAGAUUGGGAUCGACGAUGCACCUGGAGCGUACACGAAGUUUGACCGAAGAGAGGAUGGAUACACGAAGGUGUUGAUUCAUCCCAAUGGAGGAUUCUGAGAUCGGUGCCUUGUGAUGGGAUGUAAGUCGGUUGCAGGAGUGACGUGUCGUUUGUCCUCAAUUCAAACUUUAACCCCGGACUUUGAGGCUUCUUUAUGAGAGGCCGAGCUGUACUCUGUAACCUGACUCGCUAUUAGUAAAAAUGGUCUGUGUGAACGGUCGAUACUUGAUGUUAAUACAUCCGAUAUAAAUUAUAGGAUUUCAUAGUGAAUUAUGCCCAGGGCCCAUGCGGUGGUUCUUAGGUGUCCAAAUUCCGUGCAGCAACUUCCUAUUAAAUUACCAGCUAUAGCGCAUGGGAGAACUGCAUAGAGAAUUGAAAAGCCAAAAACGCGACUUCGCACUGUGCGAACAGUCGGAUCAGGCAUGUGAGGAGUUGCUUGAACAUAUGCUGGCUUCCAACUUUGAAGACAGAAGAGCGUUUGGAGAAAAGAGGCAGAACUGGAAGAUAUUCUUGGAGCUGAGGGAAGUGAUGAUGAUCCUUUUGACAUUGAGAUAUCAGUGACAGCGAAUUCGACCGUGACAGCAACACCAGUACUGACUGUCCAAAGUUGCCGGCCAGGUAACAGAACUAGAUACGACUCCAAUCUUCAGUAUAAAUUUAUCCGACAAAUGCGGCUGUUGUCCACUAAUCGUGCCUCACAAGUUCCUAGAUCAGGAGGGGCAGGGGCUUGCCAGCACUACUCUCCGGCGCAGCGUAAGCAUUGCUUGAUACCGAGCAAAUAGUUCCGGUUAAUCGUUGUUAUUAUAAAUAAGUGCGUGCUUACGGGAUAGGGAGUAUGGCAUCGCCUCUACUUAUCUAGGUAGGUACCUGGUGGAGCUAAAUCAGGCUAAAUCACGUGAUACACUGACUUGAUAUGGAUGGCUUCGUCGUCUCGAGGAAUAGAUCGCAAGAAUUUAAAGCGGAGAAUAUAAAGGACUUGGAUAGAAGUGAAAAGUGGGACACACAACUGCAAAGGUACAUUUGACUUUCAAUGACGAAACCCCGCCUCCGAGUCUAGAGUCUACGUGAUGUGCCUAUGCUGGAAGCCACACUUCCCUACAAUGUGUAGUUGUCCGCAAUAACGUUGAAGGGAAAACAGUUAGAAUGAAGUCAAAACAGCAGUCAUGUCCAGGGCGACGCACUCAGAGAUGUAUCGAGUGACAGUGGAGAGAGAAUUUGCAGCAACUCGACAGUUGACACCACUUGGCUGGAGCUUCAUACUGAGAGCACAAUGCUCAAUGUCUCGAUAUAGAUAGAACUAGAACAACCAGUUGCAUCGUUUACGGCCGACGAUCAGAUCAAGAUCCAGACAACAUGUGACGCGCAUGCAUUUGCAUGCCAGCUUCCGCUUCAAGUGGGUCUGUGGUUCUGUCGACUACGAACGCCGAAGAGGAUAGAAAGUGCACAUGGCAACGGUAUAUAUAUAGCGUAUAGUCAUGUGCCUCCGCGUAGCUGAGUCGAGUCAACCUUCCGAAUCCUGGAGAGUACUCUUGAGAGCAGCGGUAGCCAGCCAGUGAGUGCUGCUGUGGGCAACGUAAAAGAUCACUUCCGCAGAAUCAUGAGAGCAAAGGGAUCAGGCCAGCGAAGUAACUAGUAUGUAAGCUUGCAAAUGAGUGAACCUUUCUAACCAGCCGCAGCAAACGAGUAGUCAUUCGACCUAUGGAGGUCGAGAUCGUUCGCGCGAGGUUGACCAUCACAGUCGAUUUGAGAUAGACCGAGAGGACUGGACACCGUGUUGCAUGUGGGCGAUUCAGUAUUGAUGAUCGCGACAACGGAGCCAGGCCGUGGAAGUGGUGGAAGAAGGUCAUGGAGAGCGACUGUUGUCAGACAGCUUGUCGCCGUCGCUCACUACAGCGUUUGGUACAAACGAUCCGGUACAAAGUAAUGGAAUGAUUUCGGAACAUUCAAUCUGUGCUCCACCAGCUCCCAACCUCUCAGAGAGCGACAGCCGUGCUGUCUAGAUGCAUCCCUGCUUGCGGACGUCCUUAUAAUCAUGCCAGAGCGAUGAAAUCCCUGGUUGGGUAGUAUUUGUUGCUGAUUCAUUGCCAAAGUCUUGCUGGAUGUGGCCGGUCGGCUGGUCAAUCAAGAGCUUCGUUUGAGAAAAUUGUUCACGUGACCAAUAGCCAAGUGUGGGAUGUUGUCCAGUUGAGCAAGAAAGCGCACUUUUGGACGAUGGGAGUGUGUUCGUGUCUGCAUGUGAAGGAAAGAGGUGAAGGAAAGAGAGGUCGACUGAGGGGACAAGGCAGGUCACGCUUCCUUCACGUGACGUAUCGGAGGUCGAACAGGUUGGGGCAUGGUUAACAGCAUCCACGGUGUACGGAGUUUACGCCACAAGAGUUGGAUUGUUAUUCGAAGGACCACUGGUCGAAGCAAGCUCGCCUGUCGUUGAAAACAGGCCGAAAGAAGACAUAUUGACCGCACGUGAUUCGCCCUCCUUUUCGUAACCGAUCUCGGCUAUGAGUCAGCAUGUUUGGUUUUCAUGACACAUCAACAAUGUCCGUACAACUGGCACUACAACUGCCAGCACCAUAAUGUGAACGAGGAAUGCGGUUGUGUCUGAAAAUGGAUCGCUGGUCGUAUUUUUGAGGCGCUGUGAGACCCAACAGUGGAAGUUCGUUUUUGAAGUUGGGACGGGUGGGCUGUGUUCGAUAUAGUUUGAAUGGAUUGCGUAAUGGCUCAGAUGGUGUAUGGCGCGUCUUGUAUGGGAGGAGCAGAUUUGAGGUCGGCGACGAAUUCAUAGCAGACACAUAAUAGCAUCAUCAUUCGAGAAUGGGAUGGAGAUAGAUAUGGCCGACUUCGUGCAUUUGAUCUUGAAAUUUGUUGAAGGUGGUGUUGGACCAGAGUCUUCUCAUCGGCGCAAAGGACUUGACAACCAACAGCUGUCUAAGAACGAUUUAUUUAAUCCAUCCUAACAAUCGAAGGUGCUCGGAUAUAUUGAGCACGCUGGAGUUCCGCUCUUGAAUGCUGUUCGUGUUGUCGGUGGGCGCAGAAUUGUCGCAACCCGAAUGGCAAAGGUCAUGCGGUCGCAAUUGCCAAGAUCUCCGAAGAUGCCGCAAGGCUGAGAAAGUAUGAGGCCGGCGGCGCUCCAGCCUGAGAAAAGAAGUCGGCUUGAGGUUCCUGAACAUGAUUAUUGUUCUUUUGAGGCUGGAGUGUUGGAUGUGCUGAUUUGCAAUGCAAGCGCUGAUGGAUAACCGAUGCUGCUGAGAGGCGCAGAUGUGCAUACCCCAUUGGCGCUUAACUCCACAUGCCGAACAAAUAUAUCGUCAAGCCAAUCCAAAAUAUCCAACUGAAAUAGUUUGUGAUAGUGGGCAGCGCGGGUCGGUGUUCAGUGUAUUAAGCCUGUGUUGCGACUUCGGUGUUGCGGUGCUCUGAAUAGCAGACGGGAGCUGAUCAUGCAGGACUGGUGGCCGCUCAACAGAAAAUUUCCAUUUUCAAGACGUUGUGGUUAGAUAGACCUAAUUGAGUUUGACUUGGAACUGGGCAUCAUGUCUCGUUGAAAGUGAUAUCUGUUGGUCUCAUGUCGAGUUGGUGGGAGUCCAGGCUCAAAAUCAGAGUUUAAAUUUGCCGGUCGCACAAUUGUUUCGGGUGCCGAACAGACAACUGGUGGAAUCAUCGACUGAUUUCCAUCGAGGUGCUGAAUGAGAACGGCUGUCGGUGAGUGGAAACAGAAUGAUGUCUUGGAUGGAAUGACACGUGUUGUGAUGUAGGCAAUCGUGAGGCAAGGCGAUGGGUGGUUGAAGGUCAUGUCACACACCGUCUGCCUGCGCCUAUCCGACUUUCGAGGACCGGGAUACAGAUAUUCAGCAACCGAACAUGCUGCAAAUGAAGGGAAAAAAGUGACAAGAAUGACAGUCAAGCCAAGUAGGCAUCAGGAAAAAGUAGAGUUCGUGCCAAGGUCUUAUGUAUUGAGGUAAUUCGUGUGGGUGGUCCGCAUCACGGUCGCAAAAAAUCGCGCGAACUUUCACACACGACUUUUCUUGAAAACCUCCACGAAACUGACAACCACGUAAUAAAAUAAUACUGCGUACAUAGAAAUAUAGAUAAUCAAUUGAAGAUUCCGCCAUUAGUUACAGCGCAAAAUAAAAUUGUGGUGGUGGGUUGUGGCUGAUGAUUCGGUGCUGGUGGUGGGAAGAUCGUGAUGGCUUCAUCUUGGGGAAAUGCACCACGCAGCUUUCUCGAGCAACAUGCUCUCCACGCGUACAGAUUUGGAUAUUCUGCUUUGUAGUAUGCAUUCAUAUGAUGAGAGGUUCAAUCACAAGGACAGCUGGUGUCAUACCAGAGUGUGUGUGUGGAAUGGCUAUUGAAGUCGCAUCACGACGUCUUCUGGAAAUGACGGAUCUCGACGUUCGAUGAUUUUGAUAUCAUGCGGCAAGUUCGACAGUGCUAGGAGAUACAUGAAUCAAUUGGGAACGGAAUUUGAAUACACUAGGACAGAUUGGAAUGGCUUGCAAUCGACAACGAAGUUGAUGCGUUGGCACGUCGC